UUACAAUGCAUCACCAACCAGGUUCUGGUGGCACCACAUCAGCAAAAGGAAUCCUGUGGGAUAUGAAGGAAAGGUAUAGGUGUUGCAUUCUUCAGAAAUACUCCAAGGAAUCCCACAAACAAAUUGUAUCCCUGUGUCAGCACAGGGUACAGAAAGCCAGUCCAGUACUUGUGAUGAUAGAUAAUCUUGAAGAAGAGACACUCCUAACACUGAUGGAGUUGCUACAAGCUGAAGCAAGUAAUCUCUUCCAAGGAAAUCCUGGUGUUUUAUGCGUCUUGCUCAUAUGUCACCGACAGACAUGUCCUCCUAGAGAUAGAGGAAACGUUUUGUUUAUGUUGACUCAAGAAUUGAGCCCAGAAGAAAAGAACUGGUUUCAGUCAAAAUACCUUGAACUAACAGAGAGCUUCAAAAAACAGAAAGGACCCAAUCCAAAGAAUCUUUUGUCACUGAAUAUUAUGAAGGAAAAUUUCAGUGAACAGUACAUUGAAAACACUGUACGGGAGAUCAUACAGGGCAUAAAGUCUCGACAAGAGAGGUCUCUGCUGAAAUAUGUAGCACUCCUGAAUGCAUAUGACCUGCAUUUCCGAGGUGUGCGCAUUCCUUGCUUUGACCUCCUGAUGUCAGAUAGAAAGCACAUCACAGGUCAGAGAUGGGAGAAAUGUUUAACCACUCCAUUAAAGAUGCUAAUAGCACACACAAAAGCCCAGCCAACAUCUCUGCGUAUCAUAAAUCCAUUACUUUGUAAGUGGAUUCUAACUAUUCUCAUGAAAGUGGAUGAGCAGAUACUCAGUGAUGUUAUGCUAGAAUUUCUAAACUCAGAAUCUUGCAAUUACCGGUAUGAUGAGGCAUCCAAAGAGCUUUUCAAAAUCUUGAGGGAAAUUAUGAAAGUGAGGGAACCAACUGCAUCUGGUAAGCCAUCAACGUUUUCACGGUUGAUUCAGGAGCUUUAUGACUCAAAGGAUGUUGACGCAGCUGCAGAGAUCCUAGCGACAACUUUUGACAAAACCUGGGACAACUUUAUCGCUCAGCAGUUGGCACGUCUGUACAUUGUAUGUGAGAACUGGGAGAAGGCUAUAGAAUAUGCAUCUGAAGCUACAGGUAGACAACCAAACAACUCUUAUCUGUUGGACACUCAUGGCCAGAUCUUCAAAGUCAGGCUUUCUAAAGUGUUUGAGAAAGGAUUAGCAACGGAUCCCGAAGACACUAAGAAACUAAUGCAAGAAGCUGUAAAAUAUGCUUAUGAAGGCACAGAAAUAUUUAUCAAGGUCCAAGAGCUGAGCAGCAUGCAAAACACCACCGAUCCUAACACAGCUGGUUAUUUUGGACAGGUUGAGAUAUGCAGCUCCCUCCUUGACACACUGUCCCUCAUUCCUGAUUUCAAGGAUAAAGCCAAUCUUCGGAUGUUUCUACAAGGAUCAUUGUCAAUACCUGAAGAGGUCGAUGUAUUGACAGAUAAACAACGUCAGUGGCUGACAUCCCUUCAGAAAAAUGUCUUCACAACACUGAGAAAACUGGAUGACGAGGCUAACAAGCACAGGUCAGAUUUCAAUGGUGCCCAAUCUCGGAAUACCCUCUUCUUUCAGAGGAGAAAUAUUGACAGAUUGAGACAAACAAUCAGCGGGUACUUUGGUGAUGAAGAUGCUCCCACUUUGUGUGGAGCAGAUCAAUUAACAUCAGAUAAACGCCGGCGACAAGUUCGAAAUUUUGGUGUUUACUCUCUGCAACACAUACUUCAGCUGCUGAAAGACGAAAAUUCAAGAGACAAGUUGUUGACCAUAUAUGGUUUGACAGAAAUGAAUCUGUCAAAGCCUCUGCCAUUUGAUUGCCGCAUUGCAAUUGGUUCAGCACUGGCCCUGCUUCAGGUACCUCACAUCUCAGAUCUGCCUUCAUUUUCUCUUUUGUUGGAGGCUAGCAAUCGUCUUUACAAAAUGAACCAUGAAGACAAAUACAUCGACCUUGAGCCCUACCUUUACCUGCUGUUGCUACAUUGGCCAACACCAAACAGGAAACAUCCUCAGCUUGUCAAACCAGUUACUCUUGUUGGCGCAUUGACCAAAUGGAAGGAUGCAUAUGACAGAAAGUAUCCCAAGCAACAACAAAGACAUCCGCAUCGGAAUGAGAGGCCAUUCUUCUUUCUCACAAAAAAUGAUGACAUUAGAAGUGUUGAACAUUUUGAUCAGUUGAGGAGUUUCCACAAAACAUUUCACAAUUACAAACUACAGAGUAUUUUAAGUAGUAGAGAAAAUCGGCUUCUGUUACAAAGGUUUGAAGGUAUGCUGUCAGGAAACGGGUGGGAUGUCAAAAUACAACUGAAAACGUCAAGCGGCAACAAACUGCCUCUCACCAUACCCCUGUUCACAAGAGAAACACGACCAUCUCUCCGAAACAAACAGGUUAGUUUCGUGAUUGGGUUUGGUUGGUCAGGUCCAAAGGCAUGCGACAUACAAACAGAAUCAACCCUUGGAGCUGUCACCCCUGUACAUAACGUGGUACUCCAUGACACCUCGAUGCUGAACACCAGAGAUGCACAACCAGCCCUUCAUAAGGACGUAGAUCUUCUUAUUUCUAUCCGCGAGAAACUGAAGCAGAUUCAGCAACUGAAAACCCAUCCAAGGAACCACCUCAAUCCGCAGCAGCUUAGGCUGAUAGAUCAGGAGCAACAACUACUGUACCAGAGGGCCACUCUACUGCAGAAACGAAAGGAGGAUUAUCUUGGCUCUCUCUGAGACACUGAACCAAUUCCAGAUGAAGCUGAGACUACCUUGAUACUUGGAAAGUCCGAAAACCCCAGACUGGAUACUUUCCGAUUUACCAUGCAAGCACCCUUGAUUGACUUCUUAUAAUUGUGAUUACCUCGCACCACUUUGUGAGUAGAUUUAAUGUGUAUUAUGUCCAUUAUUAUAUUGAUGAUCAUGUAAUCCCAAGAACACUUUUCAAUAAUUCGCACAGAACAUCUUACAUUAUGGAUUACUUCCUCAGUCUUACAGCUGCUCUAUGGCUGAUAUAUUGCCGGUGGCAUGUUACAUUAACAAGUGUACAGUGACAAUUAUGUAAAAUGUUCUCCAACAUGUUUCAAUGGAAUGUUCAGGGGGAAGCCAGAUGUCGGAGAAAGUUUGGUGAUAGCUAGCUUUGCUAACAGAAGAUGGGUUUUUGAAUAUUGAAGUUAACAAACGAUCGUUUAAUGUAUUUUGUACAAAGUGCCCCAGAGUUGAUUAUACAAGCUGUGGAAGGAAAAGUGGACAGAGGAGUUGCAUCAUGACCAUGAACAUUCAACCUUACUUAAACUGUGGGUUUAUUCAACACCAAGAUUGCUGUCUGCCCGUCCCCUCGACAAGAUAGGGGUGAUAGGGGGUUUGGGCAACAUGCUCGUGAUAUUUCAUAGUUACAAACAUGCUGUUCAUGAUGUUAUUUUAUAAUUGUACAAAAACGAUUUUUUUCUGAUGUUAUAUGCUGUUUUUCUUGUCAUGUACUAGUAUUUCACUCACUGCAAUGUAGGGAACAAUAUUACUGACCUACUCCAUCACCUUGAAUACAUUAUGUGGUUAUAUCUCCCACACAUGCGGGGAUGGCUGUGUUCAGCUUCCUGUGUGGUUACAUCCUGAUGUUGCUCGUACACUUCAGUUGGCAAGUGUCUGACUCACUCCUGUGAGACGGAACAGUGAGACAUGUGUUACUCCAGCUUUCCCAUGUGUUGAUGGCAGGCUGCUCAGUUCCCCUCACUACUGGCGUCUCCCCUGACUACUGGCGUCUCCCCUGACUACUGGCGUCUCCCCUGACUACUGGCGUCUCCCCUCACUACUGGUGUCUCCCCUCACUACUGGCGUCUCCUCGCUCUACUGGCGUCUCCUCGCUCUACUGGCGUCUCUCCUCAUUACUGGCGUCUCCCCUCAUUACUGGCGUCUCCCCUCACUACUGGCGUCUCCCCUAACUACUGGUGUCUCCCCUCACUACUGGCGUCUCCUCGCUCUACUGGCGUCUCCUCGCUCUACUGGCGUCUCUCCUCAUUACUGGCGUCUCCCCUCACUACUGGCGUCUCCUCGCUCUACUGGCGUCUCUCCUCAUUACUGGCGUCUCCCCUCACUACUGGCGUCUCCCCUCAUUACUGGCGUCUCCUCGCUCUACUGGCGUCUCCCCUCUCUACUGGCGUCUCCUCGCUCUACUGGCGUCUGUGACACAGAAACAGCUGAUUGUAAACCAUGCCGUCAAAUUAUCAGUGCUCCCUAAAUUCUUUUUACAAGCAAAUAACCACUCAUAUUAAGUGUUCCUACAUUCCACAUAUACUACUCAAAAGAAGUUAAAGAACACCCAAUUUGUUCAUAUGCCCAUAACUAAUGUGUCAUGGCUAUGGCAGAAUAUAGUCAUUUGAAUACAUCGGGUGUUCUUUAACUUCUUUUGAUUAGUAUAUUUAUUUGCUGAACGAAGAUUAUUUUUCUGUUUCACGAUUUUCAUCACCGAUGCUUUGAAAUAACUAUUUUUACAAAUCAUAACUUAACUAUAAUAUUUACACAUUAUUUUUUACAUUUGUUGUUAUUGUGAAUUACACUAUAGUUGCUUAAGGGACCGUCCGUUUCAUAUUCGUAGAGUGAUGGUUUUCCUUUGAAUGAAUAAUCGCUCCCUGUAAAUGUUGGACCAAAACACUAUCCAAACAUUUGUUCCCGAUUUUACAAAACUCAAAAUAUUAUUUGCUGCACAAGAUCGAUGUUCUGAACGUAUCGUGGCCUAAACUGAAAGGUUUGGGACCUACUUUCCGAGAGCAUUGCAUGCAAUAAUGCCUUGAAAAUAUUAAUACAGUUAAAAUGGUCGGUCCCUAAGUCCUUAUUAGUUUCCAGAAAUAUCCAUGCGUCACCUGUGUUCAUGUAAUGCUAAUUCCGUUAAUAGCACAUUAUGUUUUUCAUUCAAUUUAUGACAGUAUGUUUUUAUGUUUAUGUGCCAUGCCAUAUGCAGUUAUCGUAUUGGUACGUCCCUAUCGACUCAAGUCAAGUGCUACGUUUUGACAGUAGCCUUAUACUUUGCCUUAUUAUUUGCAUGUUUACUCUUUUAAGGAACACCUGGUGUAAUCCAUGAUUUUCAGUGAUUUAUCUUGAUAUAAUCUCUAUUAUUAUUGAGCCUUUUACGCCCAGUGGAAUCAGAUAUUAAAUACUCAUUAUUCUGUUUAUUUACGGUCGAGUAGCUCACACUUUUGUUUCCCUCCGAUGGUGGGGAAAUCAAUGACCGAGGUCGAAUGUCGUUACGCGCUUCAUAGUGAUGUAUUUGUUUUGUUACUGACGUGAUUCCAGGCAAGUGUCCCGCCGACCUCUGUCGUGUACUUCGUGUGUAUAACAACUGUCACACUUUCCUGCAACUGAUACUGCCCUGAAAAAUAACGUUACCUUUAUUCUGAUGACACGGUUUAUAUGUAGGUGAGACAAAGAAGACCACACCGGUAUAUCCCAUAGUCUGUAUGAGUGAGUGAGUGAGUUGGGUUUAACGCCACUUUUAACAGUAUUCCAGUUAUAUCGCGGCGUGUCAGCUUAAUGUUGGAGGAAAGCCCGAAGUGAUGCAGGUCUCAGAUGUUUACCACUUCGGUGAAACCCACGAGCACGGGUAUGGUGCUGACAAACCUAGAAACAUAAUCGGGGCGAACCGGGAUUCGAACCCACAAUCAUAGAUUUCUGGCGUGCCCAAGGGACGCAACUCUGCACAGCGAAUCGCGUCGCCUUAGACGACUGAGCCACCCGUGCCCCCUAGUCGUUAUGAAGUAUUGGCCACGUUUUGAAAUAGUUUCAGGUCCAACCUGUAACGUCCAUUUCCAGUCACCAUGAAGUUGAUCUUUCAUCUGUUUACAAGUGUAGUACUCCUUGACACUGUUAAAUUCCUCCAUAUCAAUUAUACAAGGUACGCAAUCCUUUCCAAUGUAAGAUUCCGACUAUAUCAUAAGCAUGUGCUGAUGAAUCCCUAUCAAUUAAUGAUUUUACCAGGUGUUCGUGAAAAAGUAAGCGUUUCCUAACCCACCCCUCACAAACACGUGCAAAGACAAGUCAACUUCUCACCUAAACGUCCUUAUACAGAGAUCACAUGUCCCAGGACAUGCAUUGGAGUUUUCUGUCAUAUUCUGUGAUGGAGGAAUUUGUAAUAGAAUCAUGACAGAAGAUGAACAUGUUUCAUAGCAAAUAACCACUCAUAUUAAGUGUUCCUACAUUCCACAUAUACUACUCAAAAGAAGUUAAAGAACACCCAAUUUGUUCAUAUACCCAUAACUAAUCUGUCAUGGCUAUGGAAGAAUAUAAUCAUUUGAAAACACCGGGUGUUCUCUCACUUCUUUUGAAUAGUAUAUUUAUUUGCUGAACGAAGAUUAUUUUUCUGUUUCACGAUUUUCAUCACCGAUGCUUUGAAAUAACUAUUUUUACAAAUCAUAACUUAACUUUAAUAUUUACACAUUAUUUUUUACAUUUGUUGUUAUUGUGAAUUACACUAUAGUUGCUUAAGGGACCGUCCGUUUCAUAUUCGUAGGUUGAUGGUUUUCCUUUGAAUGAAUAAUCGCUCCCUGUAAAUGUUGGACCAAAAAAACUCUCCAAACAUUUGUUCUCGAGUUUACAAAACUCAAAAUAUUAUUUGCUGCACAAGAUCGAUUUUCUGAACGUAUCGUGGCCUAAACUGAAAGGUUUGGGACCUACUUUCAGAGAGCAUUGCAUGCAAUAAUGCCUUGAAAAUAUUAAUACAGUUAAAAUGGUCGGUCCCUUAGUCCUUAUUAGUUUCCAGAAAUAUCCAUGCGUCACCUGUGUUCAUGUAAUGCUAAUUCCGUUAAUAGCACAUUAUGUUUUUCAUUCAAUUUAUGACAGUAUGUUUUUAUGUUUAUGUGCCAUGCCAUAUGCAGUUAUCGUAUUGGUACGUCCCUAUCGACUCAAGUCAAGUGCUACGUUUUGACAGUAGCCUUAUACUUUGCCUUAUUAUUUGCAUGUUUACUCUUUUGGGGAACACCUGGUGUAAUCCAUGAUUUUCAGUGAUUUAUCUUGAUAUAAUCUCUAUUAUUAUUGAGCCUUUAAGGCCAAGUGGAAUCAGAUAUUAAAUACUCAUUAUUCUGUUUAUUUACGGUCGAGUAGCUCACACUUUUGUUUCCCUCCGAUGGUGGGGAAAUCAAUGACCGAGGUCGAAUGUCGUUACGCGCUUCAUAGUGAUGUAUUUGUUUUGUUACUGACGUGAUUCCAGGCAAGUGUCCCGCCGACCUCUGUCGUGUACUUCGUGUGUAUAACAACUGUCAUACUUUCCUGCAACUGAUACUGCCCUGAAAAAUAACGUUACCUUUAUUCUGAUGACACGGUUUACAUGUAGGUGAGACAAUGAAGACCACACCGGUAUAUCCCAUAGUCUGUAUGAGUGAGUGAGUGAGAUGGGUUUAACGCCACUUUUAACAGUAUUCCAGUUAUAUCGCGGCGUCUCAGCCUAAUGUUGGAGGAAAGCCCGAAGUGAUGCAGGUCUCAGACGUUUACUACUUCGGUGAAACCCACGAGCACGGGUAUGGUUCUGACAAACCUAGAAACAUAAUCGGGGCAAACCGGGAUUCGAACCCACAAUCAUAGGGUUCUGGCGUGCCCAAGGGACGCAACUCUUCACAGCGAAUCGCGGCGCCAUAGACGACUGAGCCACCCGUGCCCCCUAGUCGUUAUGAAGUAUUGGCCACGUUUUGAAAUAGUUUCAGGUCCAACCUGUAACGUUCAUUUCCAGUGACACUUUUAAAUUCCCUCAUAACAAUUAUACAAGCUAUGCAAUCCUUUCCAAUGUAAGAUUCCGACUAUAUCAUAAGCAUGUGCUGAUGAAUCCCUAUCAAUUAAUGAUUAUACCAGGUGUUCGCGGAAAGGUAAGCGUUUCCUGACCCACCCCUCACAAACACGUGCAAAGACAAGUCAAAUUCUCACCUAAACACAUAUUAAUGCGGAAAUGUUAUAUAAGAAAACCUGUGUAUUUUGUUAGAUUUCUUAUAAAAUGUUUAUUUCCA